CACGUCAGGAAGCCCCCGCCAGUUUAGUUCAUGACCAAAGGCAUCUGAUGUCACUUUUACUACCGCCACCACCACCACCACUAGUUCUCACUGUCCCCUGCACUUUCGUUCUGCUGGUACUAUUGAAGUGACCCCUUCGCACAACAAUGCACUGCAUUAAAGGUCUAAGGACCACUAAUAGAGGGAUUCUUCUGUUACUUAAAAAUGCUGGAAACUCUGCCCGGGUUGGCGCUGAAAACACGGCGUUGUACAGGACACAUCCCGGGCAGUUGUUCUGGUGGAGCUCAGCAUCGCAGCUCCAGCGAUCCUUUCAUCAGACGACUCAUAAAGAAGAACAACGGGGCAAAAACAGGUUGAUACAUGGCCUGGAGGACCUGCUCUUCUACACCAUCACAGAUGGCAAAGACCAAAUCCCCCUGCCCCAGUUCAUUUCUGCCCUGAGGAAGACGGGCCUGCUCACCACCGACCCGAGGCUGCGCGACUGCAUCAGUUUGAUCCGCCAGUUCAAAGGGGAGGCCAGCGGACCCGUCAUCAUGGACCAGAAGCUCUUCAAGAAGUGUAUUGGCAGCAGCAUCAUACUACUGACCCAAGCCUUUAAAAAGAAAUUCAUUAUCCCAGACUUUCUGGAAUUUUCCCAGCAGAUCAAUAAGCUGUUCGACAGUGCGCAAAAGCAGGACUCAGGACAAGUAGCCGACUACAUUCCCCAGCUGGCCAAGUUCAGCCCCGAUCUUUGGGGUGUUUCUCUAUGCACAGUCGACGGGCAAAGACAUUCUGUGGGUGACACCAAGGUUCCGUUCUGUCUGCAGUCAUGCAUCAAGCCUCUCGAGUAUGCUAUCGCCAUCCACGAGCUGGGCUCGCAGCACGUGCACCGCUACGUAGACAAGGAGCCCAGCGGCCUCAAGUUCAACAAGCUGUCGCUCAACGACGAAGAUAAGCCACACAACCCCAUGGUGAAUGCCGGAGCCAUCGUAGUCAGCUCUCUAAUAAAGCCUGUUUCAAAGAAGGCCGAGAGGUUUGACCAUGUUAUGGAGUAUUUGAAAAGAACAGCUGGUGGAGAGUUUGUGGGUUUCAGCAAUGCAACAUUUCAGUCAGAAAAGGAGACUGGAGACCGGAAUUAUGCAAUUGGUUACUAUCUCAAAGAGAAAAAGUGCUUUCCAGACAACGCAGACAUGACGGCCGCCCUAGACUUCUACUUCCAGCUCUGCUCCAUUGAGGUGAACUGUGAAUCAGCAAGUGUCAUGGCCGCCACAUUGGCCAACGGGGGCAUCUGUCCAAUCACAGAAGAGCGUGUUCUGAGCGCAGGGGCUGUCCGGAACACCCUGAGCCUCAUGCACUCUUGUGGCAUGUACGACUUCUCCGGACAGUUUGCCUUCCACGUGGGCCUGCCUGCUAAAUCUGGUGUCUCUGGUGCGGUGCUGCUGGUGGUUCCUAAUGUAAUGGGAAUGAUGUGCUGGUCCCCACCCCUAGAUCGCCUCGGCAACAGUGUUCGCGGUAUUCACUUCUGUCAGGAACUGGUGUCAUACUUCAACUUUCACAACUACGACAACCUGAGACACUUCACCAAGAAGCAUGAUCCGAGAAGACGGUCCGAUGAUGACCCACACAAGUCUGUGGUCAACUUGAUGUUCGCGGCCUACGGUGGGGACGUCUCGGCUCUCAGAAGGUUUGCUCUCUCUAUGGUAAACAUGGAGGACAGGGACUAUGAUUCUCGUACUGCCCUCCACGUCGCUGCUGCCGAAGGUCAUCAGGAUGCAGUCGCGUUUCUAACCGAAGUUUGCAAAGUCAACCCGCAAGUAAAAGACAGGUGGGGCAACACCCCUCUAGACGACGCCUUGCAGUUUGGCCACAGUGGCGUUGUUACCGUGCUGCAGGAGUACCAGAAGGGGUACUCUGACACAGAGGCCCAGCCUGAAACUGAAGAGCAGAAGGCCACCUUGGACACCGUGAAGGUUGUGGUCUGAGCCAAAUGAGAGGCCGGGAGUGUGAUGGAGCUUCUAUUCUGUCCAGCAUUAAAUACCCGAUGCAGUCAUCAGGGGCAGCUCAGACGAUGGUCGGCCAAAGAUUAUUUGGGUACGUCUUAAAUUAGGAAGUCCACAUUUAGGGAAGUGUGAGGCCUCCCAAUUCAGAGAUUGUACAUUGUGAAUUACUUUUGUAUAUUGGUUAAAAAGGUUUUAGGAAGGAGGGGAAUUACAUUUAUUAGCAUGGCUUUGCAUACUAUGUCAAUGUGUUUGAUUAAUUUCUUUCUUUGUUAGCAGACUUUUAAUGCCAAAUAUCACUGAUGUAAAUAUGAAUAUGCUGCUUCAUUCAUUUGUUUAUUUAUUCCAGCAAGCAUUGACACUUUCUAUUCAGCAUGGAUUCAUGAUUUCCACCUUGUUGGUAGGGCUCAACAAAGCUGUGAUUUGUAAAUCUAAAUUAUUGGAAUCCAAUAUGACUUACUUUGAAAUCACAAUGUAAAUGUGGUAAUAAAUCUGAUUGUCAGAGCA